UGGCGUCGGGCGGGGUUUCCCUCUGGAGCUCAUUUGCGCGCAAUCUUAUCGAUCAAUCGGGGCUGCUAUUGGGCGACUUAUACCUUCUUCUCACCAAACCCUAGGGAGCUCAGACCGACACCGGAUACCAGCACCCACGCCGACACCCACGCCGACACCCACACCCGCGCCCGCGCCCGCGCCCGUUGCAAAGCUGCCGCCGUGACACGAGACACUCGGGCGCCAACCAGCGAUCUCGCGACGGAACCGCCAUGGACGGGCCGGAUCUUUCAAAGAGCAUAUCGCUCCAUCCGCAUCCCUUUAAGACUCAAUCCGACUCGGCCAGCCGCCUGGCGAAGCCGCAGUCGCCCCGCCCUCCCAUGUCGAGAGGCGGCGCCAGCACAGCGGUGGAGACCACAGAGGGCGGCGAUGACGCGGCAGUCGCCAGGCACCCUUCGGUGGCGGCAGGUGAUGUCGAGGUCGAGAGCCAGCGCGCGGGUCGGUUCCCCCUUGUCGGCGCCGGAAACGACCCCUACGGCCUUUCCCAGCGAUACAAAACGGCCUCGCAGCUGGCCGAGAUCAAAGCGAACACGUCCAGGAAGCGCGACGCCGCUCACCAGGGCCCGGGUGUCUCCGCCAAGGCGUCAAGGGCCAGUAGGCUGUCCAAGUAUGUCAAGCCGUUUGGGCGCAAAGCGACUACGGCACGCCGCCUAGAGGGCUUCUACCUGGCCCAGAACGAAACCAUUGAGCGGCUGCUCAAGAGCGUAGAGGAGCACCGCGCCGACGCGCGCCAGGAGCAAGGCGAGGACCACCUCAAGUUCAAGAUCGCCGUAUGGGGCUCCCUCGCCGCCAACAUCAUCCUGACCGCCCUACAACUCUACGCCGCCGUCUCGUCCGGCUCGCUCUCUCUCUUCACCACCAUGGCCGACGCCAUUUUCGACCCGCUCUCCAACAUAACGCUCAUUCUCACCAACCGCGCCGUCCGCCGCGUCGACCCCGCCCGCUUUCCCUCGGGGAAGGCUCGCCUGGAGACGGUCGGAAACAUUGUCUUCUGCUUCCUCAUGACGGCCGUGUCGCUCAUCAUCAUCGCCUUCGCCGCCCGUGAUCUCUCGGAGCAACAUGGAGAUCUCAAGCGCUUCCACAUUCCGUCCAUCAUCUCGGUCUGCGCCGCCUUCGGUACCAAGCUGAGCCUCUUCCUCUACACCUGGUCCAUCAAGGGGAAGUACUCGCAGGUGCGCAUCCUCUGGCAGGACCAUCGCAAUGACCUGCUCGUCAACGGCUUCGGUAUCCUCACGUCGGUGGGCGGCAGCAAGCUGGUGUGGUGGCUGGACCCGGCGGGCGCCAUCUUUCUGAGCGUCGUCAUCUCGUCGCUCUGGCUGCGCACCGCCUUCACCGAGUUCCUCCUCCUCGUCGGCGUCGUCGCCCCCGUCGAGAUCCAGCAGCUCAUCACCUACGUCUGCGUGACCCACUCGCCCGCCAUCCGCCAGAUCGACACGGUGCGCGUCUACCACUCCGGCCCGCGCCUGAUCGCCGAGGUCGACGUCGUCAUGCACCCGGACGCCACCCUCCAGGAGACCCACGACGUCGCCGAGGAGCUGCAGGUAAAGCUGGAGCGCCUGCCGGAUGUAGAGAGGGCCUACGUGCAUGUCGACUACGAGACGACGCAUAAGCCGGAGCAUGCUUUCAAGAAGGAUCUUUGAGAGGCAGCUGGCGUGAAGGUGCUAUGAGCUUAUGCUGCGAAGACCCAUGAUGAGAUGCAUAUCUGAGAUAUGCCGGGUCUUGUGUAUGAU